AAGGUGCGACAGUCACCUUACCACCCACUGUUUUGUUCUCUUUGGUUUUCCCUCUUUAUACUUCUUUUGUUGGGUAGAGUAUUUUUCUUGUUAUUCAAUACCCACCGGCCGGCUUCUUAAUUCCUAUUUUUUCUUUAAUCAAAUAUCGAAUUUCAUAAUUUCUCUUUCUUUCUUGAACCCAUUAACAUGCUGAAUUAGAAUUGUGGGAAAUUCAAUGAAAGGCUGUUUCAACUGAUCCAUUGAUCAGAUUCAGAUUGUAGAAGAUGGCGACGUUAAUUGCGAAACAACGACCAUUGAGCAGUCAGAACGCCCCAAGAAUGAGAAAUCCGUCUAAGGUUUUUAGGAAGAGAAAUUUUAUCCUAACUUGUGAUGAAGAAAAUCACGGAAAGGACAAUGCAGCAUCGCUGCUCAACGUUACAGAGUUCCCUAAUAAGAAACCAAAGCUUUGUUCUGAUAAUGUCAUCCCCCGUGGCAGAAGAACUAUGACAGAGCGUGUUGGUGUUGUAAUCAGGAAAGGGGUUCCGGAGGAUGCACGUUUAUCGGGUGGAUUGGAAGAGAGAAUAAAAACAGCACAAAAGCCAAAGAAGAACAUGAUCACGUCACAUCAGAGGACCAAGACAAUAGCUACUGGAAAGGAAUCCGAUGACUCACGUAGUAGAAUGCAUCAUCGUUCAGCAAAGAAGGAUUCAAGUUUUUUAAGUUGGGAUGACUUCAUCAGUGAUGAUGAAGAAGACGAGGAGUGCAAAGAGGAAGAAGAUGAAGAGUAUUGUCCAGGACCCUUAACGAAAUCUAAGAUGCCACUUGAUGAAGAGUAUUGUCUAGGACCCUUAACGAAAUCUCAGAUGUCACUUGAUGAAGAGUAUUGUCCAGGACCCUUAACGAAAUCUCAGAUGUCACUUGAUGAAGAGUAUUGUCCAGGACCCUUAACGAAAUCUCAGAUGCCACUUGAUGAAGCUUUGAAUAGUUUAAGAAACUCAGAAAAGCUUUGGAGAACUUCCAAGCAGGAAAAAGUUCUUAAAAAUGGACCUAUGAGAAAUAAAAGGAAUGAUAAAGUGAAAGACGAGCCUCUCGAGUGCAGGGACAGACUUAAACUUUCUACCUCCACAAAAAGCAUUCUUCUAAGUGGAAAUCCGCAGAGGAAAGGGAUGCCUGAUAAAGUAAAUCUAGAACAAUCUCUUGGAACUUCAAGCAAGAAGAUGACUCAAAAAGGAGAUAAUACAAUGAACAAGGUGGAAUAUGGAACUGGAGAAAAAUGGGGCGCGUGCAAGAAAAAACCAAGUUUGUCCAAGGUUGGAAAGAAAAUGCCGGGCACUCAAGAAAUUGAAGGCUCAGGGAAUAAAAGGGUGCCUGCUAAAUUAAAUGGAGAAAAAUGUCUAGGAACGUCACGCAAGAAGAAGAUUCCUAAGACAAUGGACAAGGUGGAUGAAAGUGAAGACGAGUGGGAUGUGUGCAAGGAAAAGCCAAGUCUGUCCAAGGAUGGAAAAAAGACGCAGGAAAUUCAUGAAAAAGAUGCAGAGAAUAAAAGGAUAUCAGUAAGACGUGUUGCUGCCUCAUUCAAGAGAUACGGUCAUGAUUAUUAUGUUGGUGAGUGGGAAGAUGAUACUGAGGGGUAUGAGGUUUUGCCAAUAAGCAAUGGACAUCAUAUACCAAGUAACACAAGAAGCCAGAGAAUUGAUGUUUCACAUGAUCUGAAACCAAAAGAUAGUCCAAAAGAUAUUAAAAAAAAUUCAGUAAAGUUGUCUGCUUGUAGUUCAUCGCCUUCCUCCUCGUCGUCCUCUGGUUCAAAAAUUUCAAGAAGUGGAAUAGAUAGAUCUACAAACAUGAAGGUGAAUUUUCAGCCUCCAAAGUGUCAUCAAUGCAGAAGAAGUGAUAGAAGAACUGUUGUUCCUUGUAUGAAGUGCAAGAAGAAAUUAUACUGUAUCCAGUGCAUCAGGGAAUGGUAUCCUGAAUUGGAAGAAGAGGAAGUUUCAGAGGUUUGUCCAUAUUGUCGUGGAAAAUGUAAUUGCAACCUGUGCUUACACUCAAGUGGCACACUUAAGACAUCAAGAUGGGAUCUCACCGAUCGUGAAAAGAUUGAGCAUUUGCACUAUUUGAUUAUCGAACUCCUCCCCUUUCUGAAAGAAAUUCAUCAGGAACAAAUCCAGGAGAUAGAGAUGGAGUCUUCUAUUCGUGGGGUAUCUUCAUCUUCAGUUGAAAUUAAACAGUCACUUUAUCAAAAUGAUGAGCGAGUUUACUGCAACAACUGUUCAACUUCAAUAAUCGAUCUUCAUCGAAGUUGCCCAAGUUGCUCAUAUGAGCUCUGUCUAAGUUGCUGCCAAGAGCUGCGGGAAGGCAAAUUUCCGGGAAAUAGUGAUGAAGCAGUUUUCCAGUAUUUAGACAGAGGCUAUGAUUACAUGCACGGUGGAGAUCCACUGCAUGAAAAUUUUCAUAAUAUGGAAAUUUCACAGGACCAGAAAAAACCAAUUACUUGGGUUGCUAAUUAUGAUGGUAAUAUCAUGUGUGCUCCUGUUGAAAUGGGUGGAUGUGGAAAUUGUAUUUUAGAUCUGAAGCAUCUGUUGCCGAAAAACUGGAUCUCAACUUUGCAAGCAAAAGCGGAAAGAAUUCUGAUCCAAUGCAAUUUUGCCCAGAUAAUUUCUCAGCCAAUUUGCACAACUGAUGACCCUGAACUGUUACACAAAGCGGCUUCUAGGGUUGGUUCAGAUGAUAACUGCUUGUAUUCCCCUACUGCAAAGGACGCUAUGAAGGAUGAUGCACUUUUACACUUUCGCAGACACUGGGCCAAGGGUGAACCGGUGAUAGUACGAGAUGUUCUUGAGCACACAAGCGGUUUAAGCUGGGAACCAAUGGUUAUGUGGCGUGCAUUAUGUGAGAGCACUGAUUCAAAGAUCCUUACAAGUAUGUCAGAAGUAAAGGCUAUCGACUGCCUGGCUGGUUGUCAGGUUGAGAUCAAUACUCGAAAGUUUUUUAAAGGCUAUACAGAGGGCAGAACAUACAAAAAUCUCUGGCCUGAAAUGCUCAAACUUAAAGACUGGCCGCCAUCUGACAAGUUUGAGGAUCUCUUGCCUCGCCACUGUGAUGAGUUUAUCAGUGCUUUGCCAUUCCAGGAGUACACAGAUCCAAGGAUAGGUAUUCUGAAUCUUGCCGUUAAAUUACCAACAGGUGUCUUAAAACCUGACUUGGGUCCAAAGACAUACAUUGCGUAUGGUAUGACGAAAGAACUUGGAAGAGGGGAUUCAGUGACAAAGCUUCACUGUGAUAUGUCAGAUGCGAUAAAUAUUUUGACACACACAGCAGAGAUGGCUGUAAGUGAUGAGCAGCAGUCUGCAAUUGAGAGUUUGAAACAGAAGCAUAGAGCUCAAGAUGAAAGAGAGAGCCUCGAGCGCGAUGGCAGUGGAUAUCCUAUGAAGAUAUCUAGUGGGAUCAGAAGGGAGGAGAAAACACCUGAGACGACUGGAGGUGCCUUGUGGGACAUCUUCAGAAGGGAAGACGUACCCAAGUUGGAGGAGUAUCUUUUAAAGCACGCAAAAGAAUUUAGGCACACUUACUGUUGUCCUGUUGAUCAGGUUUUUCACCCGAUCCACGAUCAAACCUUCUACUUAACUUUGGAGCACAAGAGAAAACUAAAGGAAGAAUUUGGGAUUGAGCCUUGGACCUUUGAGCAAAGACUUGGAGAGGCAGUUUUCAUUCCUGCAGGAUGCCCUCACCAAGUGCGUAAUCUCAAGUCGUGUACCAAAGUUGCUGCCGAUUUUGUUUCUCCUGAAAACAUUCAAGAAUGCCUCCGCCUCACAGCGGAGUUUAGGAAAUUGCCAAGAGGCCACAAGGUCAGAGAAGACAAACUAGAGAUAAAGAAAAUGAUUAUUCAUGCAAUCAACCAAGUUGUCACAGAUUUGGAGCAGCUUACAUACAUAGUUUAGAGAAUUAGCAGUAUAAACUUUUGCCUUUUGCUUAACAAUUUUCUUUAGCAGCAGUAGCAAUCUGUCAACAGUUGGUAUUGCUGCUGCUAAUGGCCUCGAGUGUUCUUUUAGCUGUUAGGCCAUGGACAAUUAUGAUACACAUCUCUUGCAGCUUAGGUCCUCUUCACCAUUGUUGCAUGUAGAAGAUAAAUGUUAAAGGGACAUUCUUUUUUCUAUCAUACUCCUGCAAUAAAGGCAGUUGUUGACUCCUGCAAUAAAGGCAGCUUAGUGCGUAGCGGGAGCUUAGUUGAGCCGAGGGUCUUUCGGAAACAGCCUCUCUACUCCCUCGGGGUAGGGGUAAGGUCUGCGUACACACUACCCUCCCCAAACCCCACUAGUGGGAUUUCACUGGGUCGUUGUUGUUGUUGACUCUUGCAAUAAAGGCAGCAUAGUGCAUAGCGGGAGCUUAGUGCACCGGACUGCUCUUUACUCGUGCAAUAAAGGCAGCUUCUCCGGAAUAGUGAAGAGCAGCGUAGUAUAACCAAUUUUUUAACGUGUAUAUAACUGUUUUAUGGAAUAUAAUAUGAAAUUUCAUGCAAAUACUCUUUCUAGUAGUGCUCAAGUUAUCUCUUUUAGGAAUUGUUGAACUACGACGUGUUUAGAUAUAUCAAACAAUAGGGUGUGAAACCAAACAAGUAUAUCAACAGUACUAAGUUUGCUAAGAGGAUUUGCUAUUUAGUUGGUAGAAUUUUUUUAAGGGAAAAGGACACUAAGUACAAAAUAAUUCCUGGAUAGAACAAAUGUACUAAAAGAGAAGAAUAAACCAUUUCAACAAAUAUUCUCAACGUUCUGAAUCCACAUCACGUGUUCUAAAUUAUGAAAAUCGACCAUUGAAUUGCUAUGAGUCAAUUUAGAUAUAUUAGGCUUUGUAGCUAUAACUCAAUUAUAGUUAUUUUAUCCAUAAGUGCCUACUAUAAACUAAGUCUGAACUCUGAAGCAUCAUGUGAAUUGUGGUUCUAAAAUUGGUCAAAAUUUAAAAUUACAAGUGGUAAGGUUUCCGAUAUCACUUUCAAUUUCUCUCCUAAUACGAAUAAUAUAUUUUUUAUAUCAAGUGGAGUCCAAACAAGUCAUAGCAAUAAAGAUAAAAUGUGGAUGUUAAAAUAAAAUAGUUUUCAAGUUAAGAAUUAUCUCAUUCUUUUUGGAAUAUGCUAAAAAAGAAAGAAUGUCGCAAAAAAUGAGAACAUCUAAGUAUUUUCGGUUUCACCCCAUGUGCAAGCAACUAAAGUUAACUCACUUGAUCUUUGCAGAUGAUCUUAUGAUCUUCUGAAAAGGCAAUCUGGCAUCACUUAAUAGGGUGGUAGAAGCUUUGAAUCACUUUAGUGAGGCAUCAUGAUUAAUUGCUAACCAAGACAAGAUAAAUCCAAUAUUUUCAUUGCUAGGGUGGAUGACUUAACAAAGGAGCAGUUAUUAGCAAAAACAGGUUUUACUCAAGGUUCCUUCCCAACUAGAUAUCUUGGACUUCCCCUUUCAUCUAAGAAAUGGAAUAAAUUGGAUUGAUGUCAGUUGGUAGACAGAAUAACCAGCAGGAUAAAAACUUGAUACUCUAAGCAGCUGUCAUAUGCAGGCAGAUUGCAGGUGGUAAAUUCUGUGAUGUUCUCCAUCUACAACUUCUGAAGCUCUGUAUUCAUCCUACCUCAGGUUGUGGUAAAAAAGGUUGACAACAUAUGUAGGGACUACCUUUGGGGGAGUAUUGAAAACAAGAGGAAACUGGCCUUAGUGGCAUGGGAAAGAGUAUGUUUUCCUAAGAAAUUUGGUGGGCUGAAUGUUAAAGGAAGUAAACUAUGGAAUGUGGCAUCAGUGGGGAAAUUAUUAUGGCAGCUACUCAAUAACAAAGAAGCUCUAUGGGUGAAGUGGGUGCACGGACUAUAUAUGAAAACUGAUACUAACAUUUGGACUCAUAAGAUACCAACUGAUUGUAGUUGGUAUUGAAAGAAGAUUAACUCUUUAAAGGAGGACAUGAAUAGAUGGUAUGAACAAGGAGUGUACAACUUGGGAAAGGGUGGUGGUUACUCAAUAACUAGGAGUUAUAUUGCACUGCUAGGGGAAAUGCAAAGACUGCAUAUAGCAAAUUUGAUAUGGAGUAGUGUAGCACAGCCAAAACAAAGGUUUUUUGUGUGGCCGAGAGCUCAAAGGAGACUACUAACAAAGAAAAGGCUGGUGAAGUUGCAGAUUCAUGUAGACAAUGUGGAGUGUUGUUUAUGUGAUGAAUAAAAAACUGAAACAAGUCAGCAUUUAUUUGUAGAAUGCAACUGGAUAAAGAAUGUUCGUGCUGAGAUGCUGAGAUGGCUUGGUGUACAAUUGCAAGAAGGAGACAUAGCGAGCACAAUGAAUAACAUCAAAAAGAAGAAAUGGAAACAGUUAAAGAAAGAAAGAGUUGCAUCAACAAUGGGAGUUGACUUCUAUCAUAUAUGAAAGGCAAGAAAUUGAAAGAACUUUAAAGGAGCUAAUGUAAAUAGUGCAGAUACUACAGAACAGAUUAAGCAGGAAACAUUAGUUAGAUUAAGUAAUAUUCAUAAGUCAAGGCAAAUAGCUGUAGGGAAUUCUUGAGGAAUAUCAUUGAUGUAUAGAUAGUGUUGAGAUGGAGCAUUCAUAGAACCUUUGAGGAGGUGAUUAUGAUGUAAAAUGCUUAAUAUGUAUAAUCAUUUGGUUGAUCAAUGAUAAUAUUCACAAUGUUACCAAAAAAAAAAAAGUAUUUAUUAGGCAUGAUGCUUAAGAUUUUUUUAUAAAAAAAUUUGGUCUAAAGCACGUCCCAAUGUGCAUUUGUGUAGCUAAAACUCGUUAAAAGCAAACUGAUAUUUAAAGUUAGAUCGUUUUGAAAAUAGAAAUUUAUUAUUCAUUGAGAUUGGAAAAAAAAAA